AUGUUCAGGUCUUUCGGUGCCCGCAUAUUCGCUGGAAUAUUCGUCGUCGUUUUCCUAAUCGUCAUUUUUCAUAAUGAAGAAUCCGCUGGCACGGCACUACUUCCUUACCUCCCCGUCCUCCCAUCAACAGGGUCCUCGCAACCCUCCUCCAUCCUGCAAGCAUGGAUAAAAGACCGAUCAGCGCUCUCGGAAAAGUCGUGGAAGAAGAGCGUUGAGCUCCGAGACCAGAUGGCCAAGUCGCAUCCGGACAACCCGAAGAUUCCAUUCUUCCCAAUGGACUUCCUCAAAUACCCCUUCACAAUCUGGGACUUCUUCCCACCAACAUGGACAUGCCCCCACGACAUCCAGCGCGUCGGCAGACUCGGUGACGGAGGAAAAUGGGUAUGCGGAAUGAACAUCUACGAGAGUCUCCCCGCACCCAAGUCCGCUUCCGCUACCAUCGGAUCGCAAGAACCCCUCGUGGACGCGCAAGAUGGCCUGGUCAUGUACAGUUUCGGUAUCAACGGCGAGUCCUCCUUCGAAGCUGAGAUGCUCGAGCGCGUCCCCAGCGCCCGCAUCUGGGGCUACGACUUCUCAGUCGACUCAUGGGGCCCCCAAAUCGCCGAGAAGCAUCGCCACCGCACCUUCUUCAAGAAGGUCGGCCUAGGCAAAGAGGACAAGCAUGAAUCCGACCCGCCAUUCUGGACCCUACCCGCCUUGAUGAAGCAGAACAACCACACCUACAUCGAUAUCCUGAAAAUUGAUAUCGAAGGCAGCGAGUACGACGCGCUAGACACGAUGAUGAAUGCUUUCGACAACAUGAAGACCGCAUCUGGAAAAUCUGUCCUGCCCAUCGGCCAGGUCAUGAUCGAACUGCAUCUCGGCGACGGCAUCAAUCUCGAUAACGCGGGCGGCGGUGGCAGCAUAGACUUUGGCCGCUUCAGGUCAUGGUGGGAAAGGCUCGAGCGCAUGGGUAUGCGACCCGUGUGGAUGGAGAUCAACCUAUUUGCUGUUACCCUGGGUAAGAGCAAGGCGAACCCGAGAUGUACGGAGUACGUCUGGGUCAAUGCCAAAGAUCAGCGAAGUGUUCUUUGGAAUGUAUAA